AUGUGGGAUCUCUUUGAUCUCACGAAAUUCUCGGAGUACAAAGAAUUCACGCGAAUAGCGAUCAAUGACUCGCAGAGAUAUCAAAUCGUUGCGAAUGUCGGCAUGGGUUUGAUGUUUCUCGUCGAGUUGUCGGUGAAUCUAAUUGCUAUCAUUGUGUGCUAUUGGUUAAAGUCAAAUAAAACCUUCAAAAGCUAUAUUAUCACUCAAUCAUUCGUCUACACUUAUGAAGCUUUAGUUAUCGCCUCGGAAAUCGUUUGCAAUUUGAAAGCAGCUGAAGUCAAUUUUCGACGGGCACAUGUUCGCCUAUUCAACAAGUUGAAUCCUUUCCUCUAUCCAUUGUGUAUUCUCAUUUGUAUCGCUUUCCAAUUAUCCGAUCUAUUCUACGUGAAAAACUAUAUGAAAUUUGGAGAUGGAAGCUGUUUCUAUGCUCCAUAUGCUUUUGCCGAAGUUUGUCUUGACAUGGAUCGAAAUCAACGUUUGGUACCAUCACUCGAGGGAACAGCCAUUCGUUUUAUGUUUCUCAACGUCUUCCUGAGCGCUUUUCUUUAUGGUUACACAUUUCGACAAGCUUGGCUGAGAAACGCGGAAAAAGUGGAAAAAGCGGAAAAAGAGGACAAAGAUAAUCCAUCUCAAAGAAGCCUUUGGAUCUACUUAAUGGUCCUAGCGAUCAACGUGUCGGCUGUAAUUGAGAGAUAUUGGUUAUUUGGAGAUUUACAAAGUAGAGAU